AUGGAUCGACAGGUAGAGCACCUAGUUAACAAGACCUGGGCAAAAUUCUGCUCAACAGCAGAUGACGCGCGCCUGAUGAUAGCAAUCAGCGGCAUCCCAGGCAGCGGUAAAACCGGCCUCGCAAACAUGCUCGCAAGCCGAAUCAACAAGAUCUACGCCUCAGAAAACCCAACCUCACCUACACCUAUAGCAAGCGCCCUCCCAAUGGACGGCUACCACCUCACGCGCGCACAGCUAGCAGCAAUGCCAGACCCGGCAUUCGCGAUAGCCCGUCGCGGCGCAGCAUUCACAUUCGACGGAGAGAAAUUCCUAUCUCUUGUUCGGGCCUUACGGACACCAAUAACCAACCAGACUGGAUCUCUCCACGCUCCGAGUUUCGACCACGCCGUCAAGGAUCCUGUUGAUGGUGAUAUCGCCAUUCCAGCUGAAUGUCGGGUCUUGUUCUUCGAGGGGAAUUAUUUGAGCUUGGACAAGGAGCCUUGGAACACAGCUGCUGCGUUGAUGGAUGAGCUCUGGUUCGUGGAUGUUGAUUUUGAGGUUGCGAGGAAGAGAUUGGUUGCUAGACAUGUUAUUGCGGGGAUUGCAAGGGAUGAGAUCGAGGCGGAUAAGAGGGCCAGGGAGAAUGAUUUGGUCAAUGGGAAGGAGAUUGUUGAUUGUCGGUUGCCGGUUCAGGAGGUUGUUUCUAGUAUCUUUGACCCGGUCUGGGAGAGGUGA